AUGAUGAACCGGGAAGCCGCGAAGUUGGGCCUCCAGGCACGGUAUGGCCUUGCCCAGUACAACGAGCUCGUACGCUGCACUGUGGCCUCUGCUGGCAACGACCAUCGCCUGGGUGCGCAGGAGGCGCCUCCAGCCAUCAUCUCACUCUACCCGGGCCAGGGCUUCGAGAAGUACGUGGACGAGGUCAUCAAGGGUGCAGAGCUCACGGGGUACAAGGCGGAGAAGAAGAAGCAGCCUACUGGUGCCUCCCAGCCCAUGUCCGUGGAGGCCAACGUCGAGGAUCGGAAUCGCACGGCGCCCUUCCCAUUCUGCGGCAACCGCUUUGAGUUCCGCGCUGUUGGUUCCUCUCAGAACUGCUGCUUGCCCAUCAUGGUCUGCAAUGCCAUCAUGGCUGCCGGCAUGUCGCAGCUUGCGGACCUUAUCGAGGGUGGGCUUAGCCACAGGGACGCGGUUGCCAAGAUGUUCAAGGAGAACAAGCACGUGAUCUUCACGGGCAAUGGGUACUCUGACGAAUGGAAGACCGAAGCCGGGAAGCGAGGACUGCCAAACCUGAACACGACGCCAAAGGCCUUGGCAACCUGGAGCAGCGACAAGAACAAGGCCCUCUUCGAAAAGCUGAAGAUCUACAGCAAGGAGGAGACGUCUGCACGACAGGAGGUGAUGUAUGAGAACUACGUCACCUGCCUGAGCAUCGAAGUUCAGACGAUGAUUCAGAUGGUCGAGACGGCCAUUCUGCCCGCCUGUGUCAAGGACCUCAAAAAGACGGAGACCCUGCCCAACAAGAAGUACGCUCCUCCGAGGAAGGCAGCGUACGAGGCCAUCGCAGACGAGCUAGAGAAGCUUCGGGUCACCUUCGACAAGAUGCCGCACGGCGCCCUGGACAAGGAGUCCACGUACCUCUGUGACACGGUCAAGCCUCGCAUGGUGGCCUUGAGACAGGCAGUGGACAAGGCAGAGUCUCUGAUGGAGAAAGGCAGCUAUCCUUUCCCGACGUACGAAGAGCUCCUCUACUCCCACCACUUCGAUGAGAGCUUUGACAAGUGA